AUGUCCUUUUCCAGUAAAGAAGAUCCAAAAACUUUAGUUUUGUUUGAUGUUGACGGUACUUUAACCCCAGCCAGAUUAACCGUUUCUGAUGAAAUGAAAUCCACUUUGGAAAAAUUGCGUAAAAAGGUUGUUAUUGGAUUUGUUGGUGGUUCCGAUUUAUCCAAACAAGUUGAACAAUUGGGUCCAACUGUUUUACAAGAUUUCGACUACUGUUUCAGUGAAAAUGGUUUGACUGCUUACAAAUUGGGUAAAGAAUUGGCUUCCCAAUCUUUCAUCAACUGGAUUGGUAACGAAAAAUACAACAAAUUGGUCAAAUUUAUCUUGAGAUAUUUGUCUGAUAUUGAUCUCCCAGUUAGAAGAGGUACUUUUGUUGAAUUCAGAAACGGUAUGAUCAAUGUCUCUCCAAUUGGUAGAAAUGCUUCUACUCAAGAAAGAAACGAUUACGAAAAAUUCGAUAAAGAACACCAUAUUAGAGAACAAAUGGUUGAAGCUUUGAAGAAAGAAUUCCCAGAUUACGGUUUGACUUACUCCAUUGGUGGUCAAAUUUCUUUUGAUGUUUUCCCUACCGGUUGGGACAAAACUUACUGUUUACAACACGUUGAAGAUGAACACUUUGAAAACAUUCACUUCUUUGGUGACAAAUCUUACAAAGGUGGUAACGAUUACGAAAUUUAUAACGACCCAAGAACUAUUGGUCACGCUGUCAACUCCCCAGAUGAUACCAUUAAAAUCUUGAACGAAAUCUUCAAAUUGUAA